GAAGAGAGUCCCGCAAAGAAGGAUAUGGAUUAAUGUCUGUUGUGUUGGAUAUUCUAUCGGACAUCCGCAAUCUGAUGCCAACGCUUCGAUCGAUUGAUAAGCGCGUCAUUAAAGGAAUGCCCUUCUUCACAAGUACCUGUGCUCUGGCCCAAUCGCUCGCACAACUCGAUCAAAUCGUUUCAAUACUCUCAUCGAGUCGUAUCACUUCAUCAGAUGCCGAAUUUCGUGUAACUGAGGUUGCGAACGAAUUGAUUCAUCUUUCAAAAGUUUUCGAGUCGUGGUUGUCCCAUUUUGAGGAUGAGGAUGAUGAUGAGAUCAGAAGAUUGAUUCUUGAUAGUGCGCAUAGGAUGUUUCCACGAAUUGUUACAGCCGUUGGGGAGGCAUCGUUCUGGUUGGAUGAAAGUUUCAGCCAACGGAAUUUGCCACAAGAGGUUGUCAUU